CACGUUAAAAAACAACUCCGAUUGGUUAAAUUAAUACCGUUUAACCAAUGAAAUACGUUCAGAGAUUCGGAACACGUCGAAAGGGAACGUUGAUAUCUACACAAUUUCCACAUCACUCGCCUAGAUAUUUAGCAAGAUGGUUUUACUUGAAAACGACACGUUUCUCACAGAAUUGACAAAGAUGUUUCAGAAGUCGAGAACAUCAGGAUCAGUCUCAUUAACCAUGAAACGAUAUGACGGUCACACCAAGCCAAAACCCAGGAAAGGCUCUCUCCCAGAACCUUCUGAGUACAAGUGUCUGGUGCGGGCAGUAUGUGGAAACAAGAAACUUAGCACCGUGAUAAACCAAAAAGAUGUAAAUAAAUUUCAAAUGGCAUAUACAAACCUCUUGAAAGGAAACAUGGAUGGUUUGAAAAAGCGUGACAAGAAGUCUGGCAAGUCAAAAACGAAGGCUACCCAGUGAGGAUUUGAAAUGGAGAACCCAGUGGGAGGAACUUUCUUUGUGAACAAAUAAUGUUCAUUUGUAAAAAAAUGUCCAAGUUGGAUGUUGCCUUGGCAAGCAAGCUAUGACUUUGGUCCGGUCUUAUUUAUAAUUGCUUUAACAAAUUAUGAUACACAUGCAAAAUGCAGAAUAUGUUGAUAGAGCUGUUGUUGUAUUUUUGUAGAUAAUACCUGUUUUGAUAAGUAUUUUGUAUUUACAUUAUUGACAUGUGCCAUUCUAAACGCCCUUCAAAAUAUAAUAAGAGAAAUUUACGAAUAUUAACAUUGAAAUUGGACUAACCUUGGAUAAAAAUAAUUUAUUUAAUUGGUAUUUAAAUUCAAUAUUAAUGGAAACACCUUUUGGAGAAUAUAUUACUGUUUGUACUUGUUAUAAUGUCAGUAAUAGUAAUGGUGAGUUUUCAUCCAUUUAGACAUUUUAAUCCUCUUUUUAUUCAAUCACGUAUGCAAGAUUUUUAUGAAGAGUUCUGUUUUAAGGCACUUAUCACCCUGAUUGAACACCCCACUAACAAUUAUAAAAUUACGCAAUCUUAUUUCUUUUAAAUUGAUUUGUAUAAAGUGUAAAUUUAGUUGGUUUAUGUAAAUGGGAAUGUGUAGGUGUUAAUUGUUAGUAUGAAUAGCCAUAAAAUUGUUUGAUGUUCAUAAACAGUUCAUCAACAAAAGCAAAAUGUUAAAUUUGUUAUGUGCAUAGAAAUAUGCAAUAUAUUGUUAUAUACAAAAAACACACUAGAUAUCUUUGAUCUAUGUCUAUUAAAUUUUUGCAGUAUAUACAAUAUUACAUGUUUGGGUCAUUUUAUACAUUUGAAUAGUCUCGUCUAGGAAAAUCGUUAAUAUGCUUGCCUUUUAAACGAGGAUUUGAUCGUUCUUAAUACUACAUACACGUACUUUUCUUUAUAUGACAAAAAUAUUUAAAACUUCCCAAAAUUUGGAUGAAUUUAUUUGAUGUCUACAGCGUCAUAGGGCAAUUAAAUCGAUUAACCUCGAUCUAUUGUCAAAGCCCGACAUUUGUUGGUAGGACAGAAAUACUGAUCUUAGUUUUAAUAUCUCUUAUUGAUGCCCAUAUGUCAAAAACCAGAGAUGCAUUUCUUUAUUUAAAAAAAAAAUAGGUACGUUUAAGAUAAUUAUCUUUUUCAUAUUCGGAAUCUUUUGAAAUGCGUAUUGAUAAUUGUGUGUGUUUUUUAAAUUAAUUUGUACGAACCACUUAUGCAGUAUCUCGAUAAGGUGUAAUUAGGCUAAAACAAAUAAUUUAUGAUUUUGAAUCAACAGUCUAAUAAUCACUUUACUUCAUCCUUGUGUCCAACACUGGGGAGAUUCCCCAAUGUGUUGAAAUGGACGGUGUGCUUAUCUUCUGAUUGAUAAAUAUCUUCUGAUCCAGAAAAACACCUUGGUCACGUUUUGCAUGUGCCUACAUACAUUUCAAUAAACGUUCUGCAAGGCUAAUAAUAAUUCUAUUAAUAAAUAAAUUACUUAUUAAUUAUUCUAGUAAAAUUCUAUUAAUAAAUGGAGUUGAAAGCCAUUGGUCUGAAUCAUUUCUACUGAGAUGUGUUUAUUAUAUUCAUCUGAUAUACUCCAGGUUGUUAGCCCCUGCCGCUUUAAAUGUAGGUUGACCCUCCGUUAAUGACAAACUUCAAUACAUGCAAACAUCUGAGAAAAGGCCCCUUUAAGAAAUAGCUUUGCAUUUACAAGACCGUGCUUUUUCAAAACACCUAUAAAUAAUACAGAAAGCAAAUUAUACAGAACACAAUUCUUGAAAAGAUGAUAUGCUCAAACCUGUGUAUGAGAGUUCCAAUUGUAUUAAGCGCAUCAAUAGCAUGAAUAUUAAUAUAAAAUAAUACUAACGAUGUUUGUGAUAAUACGUUCGAGACGCCAUUAUCCUUUAUUUUAACACGGCACGCAACAUGUUUUCUAUAGACAAAGAAGGAAAUCAAGUGUGGGUUAUUAUGCAAUAAAUUAUGGGCGGAGCUUAAUGUUUCGAAAAUAGUUCCAAAUAAAUAAAGAAAAUAUUGCAGUAAAAUGCACGUGCUAAAACCAGCCCCAAAAGAAAUGUAAUAAAUGUAGCAUGUAUAUAAAUGUAAUAAAACAACAAAUUGUAUAUUUGGUGAUAAGUGGCAUAACCACGCCUACAAAGAAUGUUAUUUGUUAGGAAACGUAAUUCAGAAAACAUUUAUAACAUGUCAGCUUUUCAGUAGCAUCAAUAAACCUGACGUCAUUUA